AUGGCCUUUCUGGACUCAUGCUCGGCGCUGGCGAUCCUCCCUCCGGAGGAGCUGGUCAACGAGGUGCAAGCUUUGCGCCAGAAGCAUGACAAGGCCUUCGUGCGAUGGCCGCAGGCGCAUCUUCGGAUUCUUUGGCCCUUCCUGCCUGUGAGGACGGCGCUGCCCCGGCUGGAGCAGCUCCACGACACUCUGGAUGCCUUCUCCGUCGAGCUUUCGGAGGUGCGCCCUCUGAUGGGUGAGGCUAGAGCACCGCAGGACAGGGCGUACGUCGGCCUGACCCCGUCCGACGACACGCGGCGCACUUUGCGCGACCUGGUGGAGCGCCUGCUGGAGGUGUUUCCGGAGUGCCGUGCUGACGAUGAGGAGCAGGACUUCCACGUGACGCUUGGGCAGUUCCCUCUGCGGGAGGCGGAGCGCGUCGUGGCGAGCCAUUGCGUGCCGUUGCCUCUCACCUGGCGAUGUGGAUCCCUGGCCCUUUGUGCUCGAGCAACUGCCGAAGAGUCCUUCAGGCUGGUUCAAAGCAUUCCGCUGAGGUUGCAGACUUUCCGUCCGCCACGGCGUGUGGCAGACAGCGUUCCGCUCCUUCCCUCGUCGGCCUGGUGUGCAGUGCUGGAGGACCUGCCACUGGCAGACGCGGCCAGAACCAUCCGACUUCUGCGGCAGCAGGGGGUCGAGUGGCCAGCGGACUGGUGGCAUCGGUGGAACCGAGACAACUUCAGCAUGGACAGCCAAGUGCUGCCAGAGCAGCCCGAGCUGGCGUUCUGCUCCCUCGUGGGCGCCGCGGCUGCUGCUGCCAGCUUGCGCUGGGCCGCCGUGGGCAGCAAGGCAGCACCAAUAUUCGAGUGCAGGGCCGUGGAGGAGUUUAACUCCAAUCCUGCGGUAAACCAGGAGUGCCUGACGAUGCCUUUCCAGACUGCCACCUGCUUGCGGCACAGCGACGCGCGCUUGAUGGCCGUGGGCGAGAAAAUCAAGGGCAAAGAAAGUGGUGUGGCUUUCUGGGAUCUGGCGGACUUGAACGAGAAGCCGCGCUUCACUCGGCUCCGGGGCCAGGUCCAAAGCAUCGAUGCCUGGGAGGAGACGGUCCUGGUCCUCCAGAAAGGAGGGUCGCUGUCCUUGCAUGACCUCUCGGACCCUCGCGCCGUGCCAACUGCGCUCGGCCGCAAGAGUGACGGGCCCGCGCGCGACGCCCACUUGAUGAGGGGAGGGAAGCAGGUGCUGGCGGCCUUCGGCCAGAAGGUUCGUGUGCUGGACCUCGAGGUGGACGGUGAGAGCGGGGAGAUUGCGACCUUGCUGCCGCACCCCGUUAUUCUCCCUCUAGACGCAAUGCACGUCGCCAUCGGCGGACCGUCUGGAUGCAUGAUUUGGGACCUCCGCAAGUCUGCAGUUGCCACGGAGGUGCCGUGGCCACCUGGGUUCACCUGUCUGGCCCUGGCCAAGACCCACGCAGCCCAGGGCCUGGUGGCCGGAGGAGGCGCCCCUGGCGUCAGCCCGGUGCAGGGCGUGGACUUGCGGAUGGCGGCCACGCGCGAAGCUCAUUUUCCCAUGCCUGUGAAUGCCGAAUUGCGGGCAGAGAAGGUCUUUGCAGGGGACCUCUGCUUUUCGGCGCAGCUUAGCGAUGGCAGCCUUGCUGCAUGGCACACGGAGACCCACACUGCCCUUGGCUGGUGGCCAGCGGCCACAUGCCUUUCCCAACCUUGUGGCUCCACCGGAAACUGGCCUGGGAUUGCGGCCGCCGGUGCUGGACGGCUACGAGUGGCGCUGCCAGGAAGGAAGGCGCCUUCCAACAGCCGCAGGGCCAGGAGGGAGCACAAGGCGGCGGUUCCGCCCGCUCCGGCAAAAAACCCGGCACUGGCACGCGAUCCCGCGCAGGGGUCUAAGCCCAGGCUCCGCACCAGCGAAGAUGUUUACAACCGGCUGCUCCACGACGAGCGCUUUCAUCCCGCGAAGGUGGUGGUAGGCUACGAGGAUCGCUUCCUGGGCCCGCUUGAGGUGAAGUUGCCCGACUUCCGGCCAGGCGGCGACAUACCCUUCCACCGGGUCUACUACUUUCGGGAGGAGGAGGAAGUGCUGUGGGACCGGCGAGCCCGCUUGGACCGCAUCUUUGCCACGGGCGACGCCGUGUCCGAAGCCGCAGCGGCCGAAACGCAGGAUGUGAUCCGCCGGGCGAAGGCGACCAUGGUCAAGAUUCAGAAGGGCAUCAUUAAGGUGCGCUGGAGCCAGACUGAUGAUCGAAAGGCAAAGGUGGAAGAGAUCCCGGUCAUGAAGUACUCGCCCCAGGCUGGUGCCUGGCUGCCCUUCCCUGGCGCUGGGGACGCAGUGGGCCGAGAGGAGCUGCGAGUCCUCACCUUGAACGUCCUCUUCGAGCUGUUUGGCGACGUGGAGACACACAUUGAGGCGAGACAGGCCCAGAUCUUCCAGGAGCUCUCGCGUUGUGGAGCCGACGUUAUGGCUUUGCAAGAGGUCACGCCGCAAUUCGCUGCGGCGCUUCUCUCGCAGCCCUGGGUGCGCGAGCAGUGCUGGUCCAGCGUCGGAGAGGAGCAAGUGGCCAGUGUGGACCCAUCCGGCCAGCUCAUCCUCACGAGGCUGCCCAUGGAGUCCGCAUACCUGGGGCGCAUCAGCCCGCACAAGAGCGUGGUCCUCGCCUCCAUCCCUGUGAUGCUGGGGGAGAGCCGGGCUGUCACAGUGGCGAACCUCCACCUCUCCGCGGACACGCGCAAGAACCAACAGCAGUGCCGCCUUAGCAGCCGCCAAGAGCAGCUCCGGACGUGUGAGGCCCUGCUGCUCGAGAGGUCCGGGCCGGGUGACCUGGCACUGCUCCUGGGGGAUUUCAAUGCCUCGCCCGAGGUAGAGCCGCCUCAGUUCAGGACCAACUUCGUGGAUGUCUGGCAGGAGGCGAACCCCGACAACCCGGGGCACACCUUCGACCCCACACGGAACUCCGUCGCGCGGCGCGUGGCCACCGCUGUGGGCGGUUCACUCGAGCCCCGGCGGCUGGACCGCAUCUACCUCCACUCCGACACUGGGCAGUGGCGCUGUUGUGCUGAGCUGGUGUGCACGCGCAGCUUUCCCGUUGCGCGUGGCCCCGCAAAGCGAGAGGCGCCUGACGACUGGUUCGCCUCAGACCACUUUGGCGUGUUGUGUUCUUUGCGGCCAAGUGCAGCAGAUGAGAAGGGUCCCGAAACCCCUGGUUGCCAAGUCUUCGUCCGGGCGCCCGAGGAUGAGGUGCCCGAGGCCGUCUUCGCGGCCCUGGCGCUGCAAGGGCGGCCACUCCUCGAGGUCGUACUUCUGGGCUCCUCGGCCCUGGGCAUUGCAGAUGCCGGGAGCGAUGUGGAUCUUCUCGCGUGUUCGGCAGAGCUCACCAGCUCGCAGUACUUCUCCUUGGCCCUCCGCGAGCUGGAAGGCCUGGGUGUGGCUGUAGAGAUGGCAGAGGAUGCGGCGGUGCCCCUGCUGAAGUUCCAGGCCGGCGGCAAAGAGUUCGAGGUGCAGUUCGCCAGGCUCGCGGAGGAGCACCUGCCUCUGCUGCGCAGCAGCCAUGCCGGUGGCUGUGACAACGCCUACGAGACGCUGCAAGCACUGCUUUUUGAGCCUGGCUCGCCACCGCAGGCGGGGCUCUCCGCUGCGCUGGACGCCUGGGCCCUGCUCCGGGCCGCCUUCGCUGCUGGGGGCGAGGAGGCCGUCGCGGCAUUCCGCGGCCUGGCAAAGGAGGUGAAGCUCUGGGCAAGGCAGAGGCAGUUGCUGGGCACGUCCUUCGGCUUUCCGGGCGGCUUCGCUUGGGCACUGCUUGCCCUGGCCGAGGUGGUGCAUUGGUUCCACGAGCCCAGUGAAAGCAGGCAAGACCUCACCUCAUCCUUCUACGAGCGGCUGGGGCGCUGGGAGUGGCCGCUGGCGGGAGCCCAGCUGCAGAAGGCCGGCAUAGCAUCCUCAACAGCACAGGAUCUUCCCGUGCUUUGGUGCCCCGCGGGCCCGAAGGACCGAAAUGCCCUUCGCAGCUUGACGCGGGGGACAGCGAGGAUCCUCCAGGCGCAGCUGCAAGCGGCCAGUGGGGUCGAGGGCCGCGAAGGUGCAGCCCAGAGCGCGCUGGAGCUCCCGCAGUUUCUGAUUCUCAGCCUAACGCAGGCCUGCGAGGGUGCCCGGUCACUGCUUCAAAGGAAGGCUUUGUCCAUCCUUUUGGAGGCCGAGCGCUGCGCUGGAGCCGCGACGGUCUGGCCAUUGACAGAAGUUCACACCACCACGCAGGGCACUCCCUGCGUGGUUCUGGGCUGCUCUGGGUGGAUGCCUACUGUGGGCGAGCAGCACGCCCUUGCAUCGAGCUUGCGGAUCUCCCAGGGUAUCGAGCUGGAGGCGAGGAUGAUCCCUGCGAGCAGCCUCCGCAGUGAACUCCGCUCCGACCCACCGGCGACCCUUCCUGGGGCUUGA